UGCACAAGUGCCUUGCAAGUGCCUUCCCGGCAUCACACACAAAGCACUUUAUCCUUGUUUGUUUACUUUUAAUCUCACCACCCUCGCUAAUAUUAUUCCCUUCCCGUCUCUCCCCUCCCAGAGUCCCAGUUCGCUUACCAUCCUCGAGGCUGCGCAGCCGGUAUACCAGCAAGCGAUGGCGAUGGUCACGACCGAUGCCGCCGCCGCAACCGCGGUCGUAGAGAAGCCGCCGGACGCCGACAAGCCGGACUACGCCCCCCACAACGGCACCUCCACCGCGGAUGGCGGCGCGGCCUCCCGCGUCCGAGGCGGGGGCGUGGUGGAUUCGGUGGUGGCGCGGUGGCGGCGGGAGGACAUGCUCGACAAGAGCCCCCUCGCGCUGCACGCCGCCGCGGCCGUCUUCGCCUUCGUUGCGCUCGUGCUCGUCGCGUCCAACCAGCACGGCGACUGGAUGCAGUUCGACCGCUACCAGGAGUACAAGUACCUGCUCGCGAUCGCGGCGUUGGCAUUCCUCUACUCGCUGGCGCAGGCGGCGCGGCACGCGUUCCGGAUGCGCGGCGGCGUCGACCCCGUCUCCGCGCCGUCAGCGAGGCUUCUCGAUUUCGUCGGUGAUCAGGUAGUUGCAUACUUGCUGAUGUCUGCGCUAUCGGCUGCCGUCCCGAUCACGAACCGCAUGAGAUCUGCAGUGGUCAAUACUUUCACAGAUGCAACUGCUGCAGCUAUCAGCAUGGCCUUUUUUGCAUUUGCAGCUCUUGCCUUGUCAGCCGUGGUUUCUGGAUACAAGCUAUCCAAACAAACGUAUAUUUGAAUCAUCAUCGUUGUAGAAGAGCAAAACACAUUAUGUGGUCUAUUCAUUAUGGAUUGCUAAUCCGAGGAAGAGAAACAUGCUUCUGUAGUUCUCUUCAACUUGAAGGCCAUGUGUUAUGUGUCCGGAGGUGAUUGUUGUUGCUUGCCGUAGCUUCCAUGUGUGUACAUAGAAUUAUACGCAGCAUGCCGGAAUACGAUUGUUUUCCUUCCCAAAAUAUUGCUAUCGUCUUUUAGCUUUUCUGAACAUGUGCAGGAGUGGAGCUGUAUGCUUAUUUCAGGGCUCAUAGUUUUCCUUGAUACCUCUGAAGAGCAUAAUGUUUGUUACCCAUAUUGUAUAGCAUGUAGCUGCAACUUUGUGCUGCGUAUCUUACUGUCCAAAAUCUUCUGGCUAAAUUGCUAAUUGUCCGGUAUCACAUGGUGGUUUAUAUAAA